AUGAAUAAAAAUGAUGCAAUUAAGGUUUUAACUCGAGAAGAAGAAGUCAAACUUUUGCGACAAGCCCAAAAAGGGAAAACACAAGCAGAAAGAGAAAGAGCCGCUCGUCUUUUAGUUUAUUAUAACCAGUCUUUUGUAAAAUACAUGGUAAAAGGAUUUCAUUAUCCACAAGGCGAAAUUAGUUCUGAUGAAUUAACUGCCGAAGGGGUUAUUUCUUUACCCCAAGCAAUUAAAGACUUUGAUCUUGCCAAAUCAGAAAAUCGCUUGGCUAGUUAUGCCGGAGAGGAAGAAGGAACCGAAAGAAAAAUUCCUACCAAAACUCCUUCAACAGGAAUUGUUUAUUACGACAGAGAUUAUCAAACUGGUGAAAAGGAUGACAAAACUACUUCUUUGCUAGAUACUCUGGCUGAUGGCGAUGAAAAAAUGGAACAACAAAUUCAGCAAAGAGAAACUAAAAGGAAAAUUAAUGACCUACUUGCCUGCUUAGAAAUUCAUGAAGAAUUAAUUGUUCGACUUUUUUUCGGUAUAGUUCCAACUAAUUCAAGCCAAAUUGAUCGCUUAGCCACUAAGGAAAAAGCAAAAGAACUAAAAAAACCUAAAAAAUAUUUUCGGGAAUUUCCGGAAUCAGCAGCAAAACCCCAAACUUCUCGUCGUGGCUAUCAACCCGAAGACUUUGCUGACCCUCAAAGCCAAAUUCUCCAAAAAAUCGGCAUCGCUAAAAAAGAAAAAGAACAAUGGCAAAAAGCCAGUAGCAAAACUAAGAUCAAGAACUGGCUAGAGCAACGUCUGGCAAAAGCCAUGGAAAACCGAAAAAAAGAUAUUUUAGAAAAAUUAAAAAUUCUGCGAGAAGAAAAACCAUAA